AUGACGACCCCCCGCUGCUUCAUCGUCCGGCACGGUGAGACAGAAUGGUCCCUCUCAGGAAAGCACACGGGGACCACCGACAUACCCCUGACCAAGGACGGAGAGAAGCGAGUGCGCACAACGGGGAAGGCCCUCGUGGGAGACGAUAGGUUGAUCGUGCCGAAGCAGCUGGUUCACAUUUACGUCUCCCCUCGCCACCGUGCCCAAAGAACCCUCGAACUCCUCAGUCUAGGCUGCCAGGAGCCCUACCCCUGGCAGCAGUCCCAAUCCAAGCCCAACGAUCAUGAACCACUCCACAGAACCAAUGCCCCGGUCACGGUCGACCCGCGCAUCGCAGAAUGGGACUACGGUGAUUACGAAGGCAUUACAAGCGCCGAGAUCCGCGCCCUGCGCAAGGAACAGGGGCUUGGGCCCUGGGACAUCUGGCGCGAUGGCUGCCCUGGCGGCGAAUCUCCCCAAGACAUCAUCAAUCGCAUUGACGAUCUGAUUCGCGAAAUUAGAGAAAAGUACCACUGCAAGGUGAUAGGGAAACCGAAGCAGCCCGGUGUCACAGGGGACGUUCUCGUCGUGGGCCAUGGCCAUAUUCUGAGGGCCUUUGCCGUACGCUGGAUCGGCCGACCACUCACGGAGACGGCGAUGAUUAUGGAAGCGGGGGGUGUCGGCACGCUGAGUUACGAACACCACAACAUUCACGAGCCGGCAAUAUUGCUCGGUGGAGGGUUCGUCGUAGGGGACGAUAAGGAUGAGAUCGAGAAGGGACAGAAGGAGGGAAAUGAAGGAAAUUCAUGA